AUCUGAAACAAUUUACACGUCCUGCUGCAGUAUUAUGAAACUCCCCUUCCUUGUGGUUUGCUGAUAAGCACAGUGAAUGGAAUUGCAAAUGUGAAGAAAACGACCUUCAAAAUACAGAUGAGGAAUACAAAAACAACACGCUAACAUGUCCUCACAACGGCUUCAUUCUUAGCAUUGAACAAUUGCAGGAUUAGCAGCAUCGCAAAUUCAUCAAGCUCACAAAAAGCAAGUGUGUGAGGCGACUCGCUGGGUAGAUGUAGUGACGUUAUUUCCUGGGGGUGGCGGUGAAGGUACUGCAGACCCUGGCUUCAAUGCACACUGGAGUUCAACUAAACAGAGAAGCCGAGGAUAUACAGACAUGGGCAUAGCGACGUGAAUCCGUGGAAAUAAACCGCACAGUAUCAUUGCACUGAGUGCUUAUUUAGCACUGAGAGCACAGAUAGGAACGGGUGAUAUUUAUAUACAACGCAUAUAUUUAUAUAUUAAAGCAUAUCUAUAAUUUAACUAUCAACGUUUGUGAGUCUAGCUGACUGACCGACCAUGGCGGAGAAGACCGGCCGGCUCAGCUUCCCCGGGAGCGGCGCGCUCAACAGACCCGUCCCGAUGAACCUGUUCGCUACCUGGGAAAUCGACGGCUCGUCUCCAAGCUGCAUACCCAGGCUCUGCAGUCUGACGCUGAAGAAGCUGGUGGUGAUGAAGGAGCUGGAUAAGGAGCUCAUCUCAGUGGUCAUCGCCGUCAAAAUCCAGGGCUCCAAGAGGAUCCUGAGAUCUCAUGAGAUCGUGCUGCCCCCUAGUGGAGUGGUGGAGACAGACCUGGCUCUCACGUUUUCACUGCAGUACCCUCACUUCCUGAAGAGGGAAGGCAAUAAGCUUCAGAUCAUGCUGCAGAGGAGGAAGAGGUACAAGAACAGAACCAUCCUGGGCUACAAGACGCUGGCCGUGGGCUCCAUCAACAUGGCUGAGGUGCUGCAGCACCCCACCGAGGGGGGCCAGGUCCUCUCGCUCUGCAGCAACAUGAAGGACACGGCCGCCAAGGUGGCUGAGAUCUGGAUCUUCUCCCUGUCCAGCCAGCCCAUCGACCACGAGGACGGGGCCGUGCAGGGGGGGCAGAAAGCCAAGUCCACAGAUAAUUACUCUGAAGAGGAGUACGAGAGCUUCUCCUCGGAGCAGGAAGCCAGUGAUGACGCGGCCCAGGGUCAGGAUCUGGAUGAUGACGAGUAUGAUGUGAGGAAGCCGAAGAAGCAGCGGCGCUCAAUAGUCAGGACCACGUCCAUCACCAGGCAACAAAACUUCAAGCAGAGGGUUGUGGCCUUGCUGAAGAGGUUCCGAGUUUCAGAAGAGGUGCUGGACUCAGAGCAGGACCCCGCAGAGCAGGUCCCGGAGGUGGAGGAGGACCUGGACCUGGACAGUCUGGACAUCGAGAACCCGAGCGACAGCGGACCCGAGCUGGACGACGACGACAGUGUGCUGAGCACGCCCAAACCCAAACUCAAGCCUUAUUUCGAGGGUAUGUCCCACUCCAGCUCCCAGACUGAGAUCGGGAGCAUCUACAGCAUCCGGAGCCAACGCGAGCCCCCCAGUCCGAUGGAAGCGCCCGACAAGUUGAAAAGCUCAGGAAGCAAGUUCCAAGUGGACGAUGUGUCUGACACAGUCUCCUUCGAGCAGCCCGAGGCCAUUACUCCCACGACAGAGCUGGAGCGAAACAACAUGGAUACCUUCCUUGAGAAACUGCCUCCCAGUGGGAAAAUCACCAAGACGGAGUCCUUCUUCAUCCCCUCCAACAGACCGGAUUCGAAGCUGACGGGCCGGCGAGGCAGGAGCACCUCCCUCAAGGAGAGGCAGCCAAUCAGACAGCAGAACGAAAGAGCAAACAGCCUGGACAAUGAGCGCUCCCCCGACACCAGGUGUCACAUGCAGAUCCCCAGAAAGACUGUGUACGACCAGCUCAACCACAUCCUCAUCUCUGACGAGCAGCUCCCUGACAGCAUCCUCCUGAUCAACACCUCCGACUGGCAGGGGCAGUACCUAUCGGAGGUCUUGCAGAAUCAGCAGCUGCCCGUGGUCUGCACCUGCUCCAACGCAGACAUCCAGGCUGCGUUCAACACCAUCGUCUCACGCAUCCAGAGAUUCUGUAACUGUAACUCUCAGACGCCGAUCCCCAUUAAGAUUGCUGUGGCCGGGGCUCAGAGUUACCUGAGCGCUGUCCUGCGCCUCUUUGUGGAUCACCUGUCUCACAAGACCCCUAACUGGCUGGGCUACAUGAGGUUCCUCGUCAUUCCACUGGGCUCUCACCCCCUCUCCAAGUACCUGGGUACCAUCGACUAUCACUACAACAACCUGUUCCAGGACUCGGCCUGGAGAGACCUGUUCCACAAGCAGGAGGCGCCCGUCAUAGUGCCGGAAUGCCCUGACCUGGUGUCUAGGAUCACACAGUACAUGGUGGGUGCGAACGGAGCGCACCAGCUUCCCAUUGCAGAGGCCAUGCUGACCUACAAGCAGAAGAGGAAAAAGAAUUUUGAUUUUGCUCUAAGCCUUGAUGAAGAUUCCUGUCAGAAGUUUAUCCCGUUCAUUGGUGUGGUGAACGUGGGGAUUGUGGAGCAGUCAUCUGCAACGUCAGGUGACUCGGACGAUGCAGCCCCAGUGGGGUCCAUGCUGCUCUCCUCCACCCCCCCUCAGGUGUCUCCUGUGCUGAAGGAGGCCUUGCCCACCCCACCCUCCUCUCCCUCCGUCACCACUGGCUUCUACUCCUACAGUACCCCAGGCGGUGGCCAGGGGGAGCUCAUGGGUCUGCAGGUGGAUUACUGGGUGUCCCUGCAGACAGGUGAGAAGAAGAGGGACUUGGAGAAGAAGGACUCCUCCUCCAAGAACUCUCUGAAGUGCACCUUCCGCUCGCUGCAGGUCAGCCGCCUGCCCCUCUCGGGGAGCGACGCCUCCCCCCAGCCCACCAUGAACAUGACUGUCGUCACCAAGGAGAAGAACAAGAAGGUGAUGUUUCUGCCAAAGAAAACAAAGGACAAAGAAGUAGAGUCCAAGAGCCAGGUCAUUGAGGGCAUCAGCAGACUGAUCUGCACUGCCAAGCACCAACAGACCAUGCUGCGAGUGCUGAUAGACGGAGUCGAGUGGAACGAUGUCAAGUUUUUCCAGCUGGCAGCUCAGUGGUCGUCCCAUGUCAAACACUUCCCCAUCGGCAUCUUCGGACACUCCAAAGCCACCUACUAACUGAGGGGGAACCUCCCCCACCCCCACCCGUCCUGGAGCCACUCCUCAGCUGUGUGCCAAGAUUCAACCCGACCGACCGACAACCUGCCUCCCUCCUACCCUCCCUCCCCCAUCUCUCCUCCCCUCCCCUCCCUCUUUCUGACCGACAACCCGCCUCCCUCCCUCACCUCCCCUCCCUCAUCUCCCCUCCCUCCCUCCUUCCUGACCGACAACCCGCCUCCCUCCCUCACCUCCCCUCCCUCAUCUCCCCUCCCUCCCUCCUUCCUGACCGACGGCCUGCCUCACUCCUGGCCUACCUGGCUGCGUUUCCGAUUUUAAGGAAAUGGGGCUGUCAAAAUUUCAAUUGGACUUUUUGUAUACAUUUGAAAACCUAAUGAAAUAAAUAAUUUUAAACCAUUGACUAAAAAACAACAACUCCCUAACAGUAACAAAAGUAGGACCCAUGAAAAGCUACUGUCAUCUGAAGAGUGCAAUAACUUGUAAAUACAGCGAAACCUGAACUAACCGCUGGUUGCCAAGGAGCAUCUGUGGUUGCCAUGGCUGCUUAUUCCAUGUACCACUGUGUCAGUCUUCACCUGUUCAGUAGGAGCAGCUGAUCCCUUAGUUUGGAAGGCCGAAAAGACCUUUUACUGCAUGAAAAUGGAUAAGACGACAAGGCAUUAAAAGGGAUGCUUUACGAUAAACAGGGUUAUUUAACUCUAGGGGGGAAAAGGAUAUUUAUUUUGUACUAAUUUUCUGUUCAUUUAUGACGCCAGGUCUGUCCUUUUUGUUCGUUCUUUGUCUAAAGUGUUCCCUUUCUCAUCCUUUGCCAUGAGAAUCGUGGUCAUGUGAUCCUGUAGGGGCUACUCCCCUGCCACUUUAUAGGUGGAGAGUAACCACUGGUCUGCUGUUUUAAUUGGUUCAGUGUAAGCACACAGUUGCCUAGCGAGGAACAGAGAUGAGCAUUUUACCAGCCACACAGUCACUUCUUUACUCCAGCCAGGCCCAUGCAAACUUUUAGAAAUACUUCAAGGAACUAAAUAAAUUCAGCAUUGGAGACACGGAGAAAGACCUCUGGUCAAAACGUUUGUCAUUGAAUAAUUUUUUUUAGUAUUUCAAAAUGCAGCACUAUUGAGUGGUUGAUAGUUAUGGAUGAUACCAUACAUACUUUACUUAAGUGACAACGAGCAAAGUGGGAAAAUGUUCCGUUGUCAAACACAGUGGCAGCAGCGUGCCUUGAUUUUGAUUCGAAAUAGGGGUGGGCAGAAUGGGCUUGUCGGUUUUUAAACACUUUACCAGCUCAGACAGUUUAACUCUUAAAAGGCUGCACUGCUGGAAUUCCUAUAUAAGAUAUGUAAAAAAGGUGCCAUAUACGUGGUCUAUAGGGCUUCAGUACCUGGUACAAUGGUACUAGACUCUAAAAUAAAACUGGUAUUGCUAAUCUUGUAGUCAGCCUGCACAUUUACCUAAAUUUGUUUCUGCAAUAUCUAAUCUCCUGUUUCUGUUGCAUGAAAACAAGCAUACAAACUACAACUCCCAUCAAACAAAAGAGUAACCGAGAUGGUUUCCUCUUCCUGCUGCGAAUCACAAUUCAUGUCGCAUUGUUCACAUAAACCAGGUCUUCUGAAGCAGAGAUUCAAAAGCAUAACGAUGGCAGUUGUCUGUAAGCAGUUACAAGCCAAGAACCUCCUAGUACUUUAACUACAGGUUUCGGGUUCCUUUACUAACCACUGUGCUCCCCUUCCUCUUCUCAAUUCACAACCCUGUUAAAAUGGAAUCUGGAUUUGCCCAGACCGCAUGGAGACAGGCACAUCCGUCCUUGCAAGCAGCUGGCUCAGUCUCAGUCUGUCUCAUCUGAAUUCAGUGAUAACGUGAUUAAAGGAUAACCACACCCAAUGCAACCAUUUACUAGAAGUUAGUUUUACACACAAGCAGGGAUUCGGAACGAGAUUGCAAACGUGCACGUCCUGUGCAGCUAAUCAAUAUAAAACUUCAUUGAUCAGCUUCUCAAUUCUGCCUACAAAAAAGCAUUUUGUUCAGACAGGAAAGACUAAACAUAACAAGUUAGCUGUGAAUACACAGUCGACGUGUCCCGUCCCAGUUUUCAUUCAUCCCAGUUGACCGUGCAUUUUCCUUGCCUGCUCUUUAAAAUAGCUGUGUGUCGCCGUGAUAAAAGCAGAACUUUCACUCCAUUUCCAAUAAAAUGACAUUACAAAUAAAAUGGAUUAGUCUCUCAAAUCCAUGUUUCCCUGCUGUGGAAUAGUCUGCAUUUCAAGCUUACAUUUACUAAACAUGUUGAAUCAUUUCAAUCUCAGAAGCCUGGAUAUAAUGGGGGAUGAAUAAUGAUGUUUUAAAAGUGAAGAAGUUUGUAUGCAAGAAGUCUAAAAUGUUUACUUGAAGGAGCUGUAGCACUGUUUUAAUAAAACAAUUAGAAUUUACAAUUUAACAUAACAAGUCAUUCUAUGGCAAAAGGUGUCAAAGUCUUUGGAACAGCACAGGGCAUCUUCAAUUAUAAAGGGACAAAAAAAAAAAAAACUCCAAGCCUUUUAUAUGAAUUGUGAUUUAUAGCUUUUAUAUUGUUAAUUUUUGCCAAAUGUACUGUACCACUGGUGUCCAGCUUUGGGGUGAAAGGGACACUUUGGAGGGAAAUCAGUGUAAUAUUGAAUUGAUCUUGUUUUAAGUGUGUUGAUGUUCAUGUAUCUUUGUUUUGUCUGCUCUGAGAGGUUGUGGGUGCUCUGCAGAGCAGCUCGGAGUUCUACAUUUUAAAAGGGGGCCCCAUCCAGCAAGGCGAUGGGGAAACAGCAAGAAGCUUCAAAUGGCAUCUUAACGUUAUUUUGUCCUCUUCCCCUUAACUUCGAGUUUUAUUGAUUUAUUAUAUUGUUUUUUUUUGUAUGACCUGGGAAGGUGCUUCAAACUGUUUUUAAAAGCCCAGCUCCUUAUCAGAGUUGAACUUCUAAUUUCUCUUAAUUCUAUCUCCGUGAGAACAGUUAUAAACUGAUUGCUAUUUUGAAGUGUCCAAGAGUUGCACUGUUCAGUUUAAAUAUAAUGCUGAUUUAAGAAUUCUGCCCUUGCAGAAGGAAUCUUGGCAAAAAUAAAAAACAAGGGACAUAAACCAGGUUUCUGAAAAUAAAUCCUGUUUGAACUGAACAGUGCCAUUUUCUGACCAUAUAAAAACAACAAUCGCUCUAUAAAUGCCCAAACUUUUCAGUGUUUGAUGCAGUUCCCCCUUAAUCCUGCAGAUUCCUUAUUCCUGCUCAGGAACCUAAGUUACCAAUAAAAAACCUGAAACUGUGUUCCCUUGUGCAGUGUGACGGCACUAGCCCCUGACGGAGCUGCAGUGUGACUGCACUAGCCCCUGACGGAGCUGCAGUGUGACUGCCCUAGCCCCUGAUGGAGCUGCAGUGUGACUGCCCUAGCCCCUGAUGGAGCUGCAGUGUGACUGCACUAGCCCCUGAUGGAGCUGCAGUGUGACUGCACUAGCCCCUGAUGGAGCUGCAGUGUGACUGCCCUAGUCCCUGAUGGAGCUGCAGUGUGACUGCACUAGCCCCUGAUGGAGCUGCAGUGUGACUGCCCUAGCCCCUGAUGGAGCUGCAGUGUGACUGCCCUAGCCCCUGAUGGAGCUGCAGUGUGACUGCCCUAGCCCCUGAUGGAGCUGCAGUGUGACUGCCCUAGCCCCUGAUGGAGCUGCAGUGUGACUGCACUAGCCCCUGAUGGAGCUGCAGUGUGACUGCCCUAGUCCCUGAUGGAGCUGCAGUGUGACUGCACUAGCCCCUGAUGCAGCUGCAGUGUGACUGCACUAGCCCCUGAUGGAGAUGCCUUGUAGAAGUUUAGAGCUCCUUUAGCUCUAUAAAUACUGUAUAUAUUGUAUAGUUACUGUUUUGUUACAAGCUGUGCUGUUCUUUUUUGUUGUUUAAUUAGCAUUAACUUGUUUACUGCACUUUCAUUAAGAAAGCCUGGGAAAGCUG